CCCAGCAGGUGCUGUCGGAGGCCCGCGGUCCGUGUUUCCGCCUGCUGCGGGAGGGCGGGGGCUGCGCGCUGCCCACCCUGCGCAACAUCACCCGCCAGGUUUGCUGCUGCAGCCGCGUGGGCAAAGCCUGGGGGGGCUCCUGCCUGCUCUGCCCCCCCUUCGGAUCCGAGGGGUUCCGUGAGAUCUGCCCCGCCGGGCCCGGCUAUCACUACUCGGCCUCGGACCUGCGCAUCAACACCCAGUUCCUGGGCCACGACGGGGCGGGGGUCCCGCUGGGAGCCCCCCGCAGCGCCCCCAGCCCCUGUGAGCACCCCCCGAAAAUCCCUCAGCACCCCAAAAAAAACCCGGAAAAAAUCCCCCCAAAAAAACCCCGAAAAAUCCCAAAAAACCCAGAAAAAAUCCCCCAAAAAAACCCGAAAACCACCAAAAAAUUAGAAAAAAACCCCCAAAAAAUCCCUGAGCACCCCAAAAAAAAACCCCCCACCCUGCCCCCCCCGGAGCCCGUGUCCCCGUGCCAGCGCGACCCCUCGGUGUGCGGCCCCGGGCGCUGCGUGCCCCGGGGGGGAGGGGGCUACACCUUGUGCCGGGGGGGCUUCUGGCUGAGCCCCCAGGGCACGCACUGCGUCGACAUCGACGAGUGCCGCCAGGUGCCCCCGCCCUGCUCCCCGGGGCGCUGCGAGAAUUCCGUGGGCAGCUUCCGGUGCCUCUGCGGCGCCGGCUUCACCUCCGAGCCCGCGGGCACCGAGUGCCGAGACAUCGACGAGUGCUUGCAGAGCCCCCCGCCCUGCGCCCACGGGCGCUGCGAGAACCGGCCCGGGGGCUACGAGUGCGUGUGCCCGGGGGGCUACCGCGGGUCUGGGGGCGAUCAGCCCUGCCAGGACAUCGACGAGUGCGAGAACCACCUGGCGUGUCCGGGCCAGGAGUGCGUCAACACGGCGGGCUCCUUCCGCUGCCAGCCCUGCCCCGAGGGCUUCCGGCUGCGCCAGGGCCGCUGCGCAGACGUGGACGAGUGCUCGGGGGGCUCCCCCUGCGCCCCCCACGGCCGCUGCCUCAACACGGCCGGCUCCUUCCGCUGCGAGUGCCACCGCGGCUACCGCGCACCUUCUGGUGGCCCCGGGUGACCUUCUGGUGGCCCCGCAGACGUCAACGAGUGCCUGGAGGGUGACUUCUGCUUCCCGCACGGCGAGUGCGUCAACACGGCCGGCUCCUUCCGCUGCCUGUGCGCCGACGGCUACGCCAGCACCGCCGACGGCACGCCUGCGCCGACGUGGACGAGUGCCAGCGCGGGGGCCGUGUGCGCGGGCGGGCGCUGCCUCAACACCGACGGCUCCUUCCAGUGCCAGUGCCCGGCCGGGUUCCGCACCGACGACGCCAAGGCCGAGUGCCGCGACGUGGACGAGUGCCAGGAGUACGGGGCCGGGCUGUGCGGGGCGCAGCGCUGCGAGAACAUCCCGGGCUCCUAUCGCUGCGUGCCCGAGUGCCAGCCGGGAUUCCGGCCCGGGGACGGCGGGGACUGCCUCGACGUGGACGAGUGCCAGGAGUACGGGGCCGGGCUGUGUGGGGCGCAGCGCUGCGAGAACAUCCCGGGCUCCUAUCGCUGCGUGCCCGAGUGCCAGCCGGGAUUCCGGCCCGGGGACGGCGGGGACUGCCUCGACGUGGACGAGUGCUCCAACGGGACCCUGUGCGGCGCCCACGCCACCUGCCACAACCUGCCCGGCUCCUUCCAGUGCGCCUGCGACCCCGGCUACGAGACCGCGCGGCACGGCCACCACUGCGUGGACGUGGACGAGUGCCAGACGCUCCGCGGGGUUUGUGGGGCCGAGCGCUGCGAGAACGUCGAGGGCUCCUUCCUGUGCCUGUGCCCCGACUCCCGGCAGGAGUUCGACCCCGUCACCGGCCGCUGCGGGGCCCCGCCGACCCCACAGAGCCCCCAGAUCAUCCCCCAGAUCCCCCACAGCCCCCAAAGCCCCGAAAUCAGACCCCAAAGCCCCGAAAUCAGACCCCAAACCCCUCAAAUUGGACCCCAAAUCCCUCAAAUUGGAUCCCAAAUCCCUCAAAUUGGAUCCCAAAUCCAACCCCAAAGCCCUGAAAUCAGACCCCAAAGUCCCCAAACCAGACCCCAAACCCCUCAAAUCAGACCCCAAUCCCCUCAAAUCAGACCCCAAAGUCCCCAAAUCAGACUUCAAAGCCCCGAAAUCCAACCCCAAAGCCCCGAAAUCAGACCCCAAAGUCCCCAAACCAGACCCCCAAAUCCCGAAAUGCGACCCCCAAAUCCCCGAAAUAGACCCCAAAGUCCCCAAAUCAGACCCCAAAGCCCCGAAAUCAGACCCCAAACCCCUGAAAUCAGACCCCAAAUCCCCCAAGUCAGACCCCAAAGCCCCCAAACCAGACCCCAAAGCCCCCAAACCAGACCCCAGACUCCUCCCGGGGAUUUUGGGGUGGCCUCGUGUUUCAGCAGGGCCUGCGGGGUCCUGGCCCCGAACGUGACCCGCGCGCAGUGCUGCUGCACCCUGGGGUGGGCAUGGGGGGCACGGUGCCCCGAGCAGCCCUGCCCCACUCCCGGCACAGAUGCUCACCUGUCCCUGUGUCCCCACGGGCCCGGCCGCCUGCCCGAGACCCCCCAGGGCCCCCCCACAGACGUGGACGAGUGCUCGCUGUUCGGGCCCGCGCUCUGCCGGGGGGGGCUCUGCGUGAACGCCGCCCCCGCCUUCAGCUGCUUCUGCCCCAGCGGCUUCUACUUCGAGCAGGAGCACCUGCAGUGCGUGGACAACGACGAGUGCGCGGCGGCCGAGGCCGAGCCGUGCCUGGGGGGGCUCUGUGUGAACACGGUGGGCUCGUACCUCUGCUCCUGCGCCCCCCCGCUCGUCCUCGACCCCUCCCAGCGCCGCUGCGUGGCCAACGACUCCAACCCGGAGGGGUCGGCGGCCGUGUGCUGGCAGGAGGUGGGGCCGGACCUGGUGUGCGGGCGGCCCCGGCGGGCGGCCCCGGUGACCUACACCGAGUGCUGCUGCCUGUACGAGGCCUGGGGCAUGGAGUGCGCGCUCUGCCCCGCCCCCCACUCCGACGACUUCGAGCUCCUCUGCAACGUCCUGAGACCCCCCGAACUUCGCCCCCCCGCAGCUCCCCCCCCUCUACGACCCCUCCCCAAAUUUCCCCCAUUUCGCCCCCUCCCAAUUCGGGCCCCUCCCCUACGGGGGCCCCCCCGAGUUUUUCGGGGGGCUGAGCCCCCAUUACGACCCCUACCCUUUUGGGGGGGGUGGGGGGGGCUUGGGCUACGACCCCCGGGGGGGUGGGGGAGGGGCGGGGGACCCCCUGUACGCCCCUCCCCCCCCCGGCUACGAGGGUUUUGGGGACCCCCGGGGGAGGGGACCCCCGAUUUGAGCCCCCCGACCCCCCCCGGGACCCCCCGCGGGGGCCCCCGCUGGAACUUCCAACCCCACGGGACCCCCGAGGAGGAGGAGGAGGAGGAGGAGGAGGAGGAGGAGGAGGAAGGGGCCCGGGAGGAGGAGUGUGGGGUCCUGGGCGGCUGCACCCACGGGCGCUGCGUCCGCGUGGGCGACGCCUUCACCUGCGCCUGCGACCCCGGCUUCCAGCUGGACCCCGCCCGCCUGGACUGCCUCGACGUGGACGAGUGUUUGGGGGUGCCCCCCCCCGUGCCCGCCCCGUGGCGCUGCCUCAACACCCCCGGCUCCUUCCGCUGCCUGUGCCCCCCCCGGGACCCCCCCCGGCGCUGGACCCCCCCCCGCUGCGCCCUGCGCCCCCCCACGCCUGAAGCCCCCCUCCCCAUAUUUAUUGUGUGGGUUUGUUUUGUAUAG